ACGUGCGUGCAGAGGGACAUAUUCGGGAAGCAAGCGACGUAAACAACACGCGGCUCCCGAGGAGUAGCAUAGUGACGUGUGUGUGACCUGUGGGGACCAACUACUGGCCUUGGCUUGCCUCUACGCUCUUCAAACACUCAAGGUGAUGCCGGGGCCGCGUGGGUACGACUUCUGGCGGGAGACCCUGGGCGGCGCGCGGCUGGCGGUGGCGCCGAUGGUGGACGCGUCUGAGCUGGCGUGGCGGCUGCUGUCCCGCCGCUACGGUACCGAGCUGUGCUACACGCCGAUGCUGCAUGCCCACGUGUUCGUCAAGGAUGCGCGGUACAGGCGUGAGAACCUUGCUUCCUGCCCCGAGGACCGCCCGCUCAUUGUGCAGUUUUGCGCUAACGACCCGGACACCUUCGUGGCGGCGUGCCAGCUGGCCGCCCCGCACUGUGAUGCCGUGGACCUCAACCUGGGGUGUCCUCAAGCCAUCGCCCGCCGCGGCCACUACGGAGCCUUCCUGCAGGACGAGUGGGACCUGGUGCGGACCAUGAUUGAAAGAGCUUCGACGGAAGUGGACGUUCCAAUCACUGCGAAGAUCCGGGUGUUCGAGGACGUGGCGAGGACGGUGGAGUAUGCGAGGAUGCUGGAGGGCGCCGGGGUGUCCUUGCUUACUGUGCACGGCAGGACACGGGAGCAGAAGGGUCCCCUGACAGGUCUUGCCUCCUGGCCUCACAUUAAAGCCGUCAAGGAGGCAGUCAAGGUACCGCUGAUAGCAAACGGCAACAUUCAGUACCUGGCGGAUGUGGAGAGGUGUCUCGCCGCCACGGGUGCUGACGGCGUGAUGAGUGCUGAGGGCAACCUGCACAACCCCGCCCUCUACGCCGGCACGCACCCCACCGUGUGGCAGGUGUCCCUCGAGUACCUGCACCUGGCCCUCGAGCACCCCUGCCCCACCAGCUACUCCCGCGGGCACGUCUUCAAGCUCCUGCACCACUGCCUUUCUAUGCCCGAGAACUUUGACUUGCGCUACCGUCUGUCCAAAACCUCCCGCGUCGAGGACAUGAUCGGCGUGGUGGAGGCUCUUCGGGAUCGCAUGUCGCCUUACCACACUGGGGAGAAGGCGUGGGAACCCGACCCCGCCUCGGAGCAAGCCCGCCUCCCGAUGCCCCCCUGGUUAUGUCAGCCCUACGUCCGUAUCCCCCCCGAGGAACAUCUCAAGAAGGUGCAGGAGAGUCAGCAGCGCGCCCUCCAGAUCCAGAAGCAGCGGAAGGAGAAGCAGAAGCAGGAGGAAGAGGAGAAUGAGCAGCAGCAACAAGAGAAUGGCGAAGAAGAUGAGAAGGAUAAAGAUGGAAGCGACAGCAAUAAGAGGCCCAUUGCGGAAGAGGGCGAGGCGGGUGAUCUGUCCAAGAAGAAGAAAAAGAAGAUGGUGAGGAACCCGAGGAAGUCCUUUGGCAAGCAACACGACCACUACGAGAAGUGUGUCUGUCGCAAUCCCAAGGGAGGCCGCUGCUCGCACGGGCUGUGCCGGGCGUGCUGCAAGGUGAAGUGCUACACGCAGGGCCUGGACUGUCCCGGCCACCGCAUCCUGGUCAAGACCAAACGAGAGAAGGCGGCGAUAUAUUACGCCCAGCAGGAGGCGCUGAAGAAGGAGGAGGAGGGGAAGGAGGGUCGGGCAGCGGAGGAGGAUGGUGGGGAGAAACUGCUGUCCUCCCAGACUCCCCAAGACCAGAGGCAGGAGCACCAGACCAUGGACUCGCCUCCCCAGCAGGAGCCGCUGCUGCCACUCACGGCAGAAGCGGAGGCUCGUGAAUCAGGGAAGACGGAUGAACCCUUGGGGCCUGAGGGAGUUGCUGCAGAGGAAUCAAUCGGCACUCUACUGCAGGAGGUUCCCAAUGGUCUCCCAGAUGACUCCCCGCCACUUACCGACGAGGAGAAAGACUCUCAGGACUCAGGAUUGGCCAAGGCUGUCACUUAGCGAGGCGUUUGUCUUGUCGGUGACGCAACACAGACUGACAGACACCAGACUCAUAUAUUUUGAAUAAACAGGGAAAUUGUA